CCAGUCACUCAACAAAACCCAGAAACUUUGACAAGCUCCUAGUGAUAAUUUUCUGUACAGAGAGAAAAUCUCUGUUUUUUGUGCAAAAACGUGAAAUUGUGUGCCCCAGCAACAUGGAUUCCAGUACAGAGGCAUCCCCAGUAGUUGAAGAAUUCAAAAAGAUUUGCCUCAAACUGAAUAUGGAUGUGGAAACGGAGGAAAAAGCCUGGGCAACAUAUGAGAGCAUUAGGGACAAUUAUACGCUGGAGGGAAAUCCUAUUCAUUGGUUGGGCUGUGCUUUGGUUGUUGCUUGCCGUGACUCCUUCACGCGUACUGUGGGGAGUCAAAAUAAUUUGGUUCAGGGAAACGGAGUCUCCUUGUCGUCAAUCCUUCGGAAUUGCAGCAUUGGACUUCGUGAUUUUUUCGACAAAAUCAAAAUAUGGUGUGAUAUGGCGUCAGUUCCGGAGAUUAUUCGCAAGAAAAUUGAGAGGCUCAAUGAUAGUUUCACCGUGUCCAGUGUAGUCUACAAGAAGUUCGGUCCUCUCUUCCAGCAAGUAUUCAAUUGUCCCCAGAACGAAGAGGCUCGCCAUGGGAAGAGCAAGAAGGCAAAGAAUGUUCCCUGCAAUUCUGUGAAACUCUUCGAGUUCGCCUGGAAGCUCUACACGUGCGUGAGGGCUGAGGAGCCCAAUGAGUCUGUGGAUCUCGUGACAUCCCACCAUUUGCUGCUGUCUUGUGUUAAUCUCAUCUACAGCAAUGUCAUUGCCGAAAACCGAAGGGAUUUAGUCAAUACUAGCUUUUCAGGUGUACCUGAGAAUUGGAAUUCAUCGAGUUUCGAUGCUAAAACGAUCUCGCCGGUCUGUGUUAUGUCAAAAUUGUGUGACGCUGACCAAUUAAUUGAGGCUCUGCACAUUCAGAAAAACAAGUGGAACAAGAUAGUAAAGAGUUUCUUUGACAAGGGAAUCCUUCAAGGUGAUUCCGAGACAUUUCUCAAUUUGAUUUCAGUGGGAAAUUUUGAUAAUAAUUUCCGAUCAAUUGGGAAUACGUACGAACAGUACGUGAUUAGUUGUGGAGAGAUUGACGAGACAAUCUUUCUCAAUUGCCCUCAGACGGGGGCACAAAAUUACGGUGGGAAGAUUAGGGAGGAUCAUACAAGGGAGAAUACACUGGAUCCGGGAACACCGGUUACCAGGAGGAAUAUGCUGCCGCCAAAGGAGAAUCUGUCUCCGAUAACGUCGGCAGCGAUGAGUGUUAAGAAAUUGAGGAACACUUUGGGGAGUAACGAUGGUGGUCCUCAUUUGAGUUUGAAGGAUAGCUUCAAGAGUUGCAGUGUAGAUCCUUCGGGAAAGAUUAGGGAGAUCCUAGAGCGAAUGGAGAAGGAUCUGUUUGAGAAAUUGCCAAAGUGGCCAAGUGAUAGGAUGAAGUUGACCAAGGCACUCUUCUACAGGUUGCUGGAAAACAUUGUUAGGGAUGAGGAAGCUAAGAAGAGAACUAGUGCAAAACAUGUUUACAGUUCUGAAGUCAUUAUUGUUAGACUGAUGGCGAUUAGUGUUGAAAUUGUUUUCCGAGCCUACAACUGCACUCAUGAGCUUUUCCCCUGGAUCCUAGACUGCUUCAAUUUGGCAGCAUUUGAAUUCUACGGGAUCAUUGAGAUUGUUGUAAGAGCUGGAGAGGAAUUCUUCACGCGAGAAAUCAUUAAACAUUUGAACUAUGUAGAGGAGCAGUGUUUGGAGGAGUUAGUGUGGAAGAAACACUCUCCGCUGUGGAUUAAACUAGCUCAUAUAGACAAAACGAAGCUAACGUGGCAGGAUGUUGAUCUACCAGCCUUUACAGCUGAUGAUCUAACAGGAAUUACACCCCACAGUGCACCCUUGGCACGAAUUGAAAACACUCCCGGACAAUCCCUGGCCGGACCAUCGACAUCCAGGACUCCUGUUCAUCCCAAUCCGGAUCCUCACAAUCGGGAAGCAGCAAUAAGGAAGCAACUCUUCCGUUCAGAUUCCGCGGCAAGUCUCGAUGGCAAUACGCAGACUACCGAGCAGAAACCGCCUCAGAGGAAUCCUCAGCGGGCCUAUCCCGAAAUCAUGGAUGAUGUCACGACGACACCUCAAAAGAAACAAUCACUAGUGAUCUUCUUCAGGAAGUUCCACAAAUUGGCGUAUCAGCGAAUGUGCUUCAUCUAUCGCGAACUUGGUCUGGUUGACCAUGAAAAUUUGCGUAAGAUCUGGACGAUCUUUGAGUAUUCAGUACUCAAUUACACUGAACUCAUGAAGGAGCGCCACAUGGAUCAGCUUCUCAUGUGCGCCAUCUAUGUCUUCUUCCGCGUUCAGAAGUUGGAUAAAACCUUCAAGGACAUCAUGCAGGCAUAUCGGCAUCAGCCACAAUCGGCUAGCCAUAUCUACCGCAAUGUCUUUAUAGGUUACACUGGGAACUGCAACAGCGACAGUGCCGUACCAGUUGCCCAUGAGGCACCUACGCCUCAACGUCCAGCACAGCCAACAGAGCUGGCGGGGACGUCUACAUCACACGAAAAGGAGGAACGUGGAGAUAUCAUAAAGUUCUACAAUGGAGUCUACGUACUGAAAAUGCAGCAGUAUGCCAUCAAUUAUUUCUCCACAACGGCAACGAAUACUGUGCUUCUGUCGCCAGUUCCCAAUGCACAGAGCACAAUGUGUUCGCCCAGGAAACUUUCUGGGUGCGUUUUUGUGCAGAAUCUUGAGAAGAAGGAUCUUCUCAUGUCCCCGGGAUCAGUUGUAUUAUCAGUCUUUGACAGUCCAUCCAAGUCAAAUGAUUUGAAUGAGAUUAACGAAUUGAUCAGUCGCAAUUGUGGAGCCAAUGGAAAACGACCAUUUCCAUUCAAUGGCAACGAUGGCUUCCAGCCACCCACGAAACUACCCAACAUUCGGAAAUUCAAGACCCUCCUCGAUGACCGACAAGCUGAAUUGCAGAAUCAGGACGAUCGGAAGGCCAUUUGAGGGGAUGAAGAGCUCGGAGAGAGAUUUUAGAGACACUCUUCACACUUUUCAGUUUACACUUCUUCUUGUUUUUUUCUUUAAAUAAUACACAAAAUAACAAGAAAAUAAUUUGGAUAACAAAUUAAAAAUAGAAAAAAAAAACAAUAUUUUAUGCAGAUUUUAGCAGAAAAAAAAUGAAAUUUAUAAAUUGUGGAAUAUUAAUUUGAUGGAAAUAGAGAAAAUUACCACCAAAAUCAUCAUUCAUGAAGAUUUAUUUGAAUGAAAAAAAAAAUAGAGAAAAGCGAAUUUUUUGUUAAUUACACGGCAAGAUAAUUCAUUUAGUUUUGGCUAACCAAAAUAAUUGUAUUAUUUUUAAUAAAGACUAUUUACAUAUUAUAGCGAAA